GUUGGAAUGACAUUUCUCGCAUCUCCACAGAACAUGUAGUCAGAUCAAAGAUGCCAAAGCCGGGAAGACUGAAUUUAGUUUCCGCCAGAGAUCCUCUUGAGGGCGAUGAUUUUGAGGAAGAGGUAUUGCGGGACACAGACGAAUAUAAUCGCCUGCAGUCGGAGAAGAACCUGGGUACAAAAUCAAAGCAACGAGCUCCACGCAAGCGCAAGACUGAAGAUCCCAGGUCCUCCUACUGGCAGGAUGCCAACAGUAGCGAUCUUGAGUCUAGCUCUGAUCUGGAACCAAGACACAGGAAACGUGACAACAAUAGAGAACUGCAGUAUGAAGGACAGGUCUUAUUGCCCUUUAAUCCGCUGGAAAGGAUGGCCGCUCUGGACCCUGAAGAGCCCCUGAUCGAGUCACCAACGCGCAUCUGCAGCGUCACAGAGAACAUCACUGAGUCUUUCUCUGUACAAAGUCCCGUAGCCGAGGCCACCCCUCCAUUUUCUGGGUCCACUGAGCGGAAUCAGCCUGGAUCCGAAGUGGAUGACGAGGAAACCGGUCAGGACUAUGAUUAUGAGGACGAGAUAGUUAUCGUCCCCGAUAUGGAUCAGAUUGUCGGAGCAUCAAGUGUUUCUGCCUUAGAAGCCAACACCCUCAACGAAACUCAUGCUCUGGAUCAGGAAGACGGAUGCUACUCUGAGGACGAGAUGUUCGCUGACACAAGCACUCAGAGUCAGCCUCAGGCUAUACCUAGGCCGAAUGUCGUUCCUGAGUCUAGACCAUCGUUCCGCAUGCCCUUCGAUCCCAGCUUGGAUCAUCCCUUGAUUCUCGAUUCCGCAGAACCAGACAUCCAGGUUCCGGCUUCUAUCAACAGAUAUCUUAAAGUAUACCAACGUCAGGGUGCAGAAUUCUUGUUCCGGAAGUACCGUCAAGGCACUGGAGCCAUCUUGGGCGAUGACAUGGGUCUUGGUAAAACCAUUCAAGUAAUUGCCUUUCUGUCUGCUAUCAUGCGGAAGAGCGGCACCGUGGAUGAUUAUCGUCGUCGUAAAUCGCUCAUCAGGCGAGGAGGUCGAGAUAUACCCCCAAAAUUCUGGCCCACAGCGAUGAUUGUGUGUCCCAAAUUUCUGCUCAAAAAUUGGCAACGGGAACUAGACACCUGGGGCUUCUUUGAAACGGCAUCGUGGCUAAGUGAUAAUUGGAAAGACACACAGAGCUCCUUCCUACGAGGCUAUCUGGAUAUUGUCCUGAUAUCGUACGAGACCGCCAGAAUUCACAUCGAAACCAUCAAGGCAAUGCCCAUCUCGGUGGUCAUUGCCGAUGAAGCUCACCGGUUGAAGGAACCUCGCGCGGCCGUGUCUCUGGCCCUGAAAAAGAUACAACAUGCCCAGUGCUUUGCCCUCACAGGGACGUUGAUCCAGAACAGGAUCGACGAAAUGUGGAGCGUCCUCGAUUUUGUUCAACGGGGAAAUGCCGGUACCAUUAGAGAAUGGCGCGAAUUUGCGGUCAAUCCCAUCAAAAUGGGACACAGGCGAGAGGGGACGGCCAAAGAGGUUGUCGAAGCUAUUCAACGAUUGGGCAUCAUGGUGACGAAAGUGCUCCCCAGAUUCUAUCUACGGAGGGACAAGCGUUUGAUUGCAAAUGAGUUACCCAUCAAAAAGGACCUGGUUGUUUUCUGUCCCCUUGGGGACAAUCAGGUCGUCGCAUACAAGGAGUUGAUCGCUUCGGAUGAUGUGCAAUUCAUUCUCCGACGAAAUGAUCCGUGUGGCUGUGGCUCAGACUUGGCGCGCAUGCACUGCUGUCAUCCUGCCAACGCUGCCGACGAGCCGGUCAAGUUCCUGAUACUGAAGUACAUCAACGCCCUCGUCAAGGUAUCAAAUCAUCUAGCGCUCUUGUAUCAAGCCAAAGACGAUGCGUCCAGUUCACGUGAUGUGAACAAGGGGCUUUUCAGAAUCUGUAUGGGCGUGGACUACAAUCCGCGACAACACAGUGCUAUAGCCGCUGCAUUGGAUCCGUCAAAUUGUGGCAAAUGGCCGCUUUUGUCCACGAUGCUUCGAGAAUGGCGCGAAGAGGAUGCGGAUAACAAGGUCCUGAUCUUCUCUAACUCUGUUCGGCUUCUCAAGAUGGUCGCUGAAUUUAUCUCGACAUCUUUGAGCUACUCAUUCGAUAUCCUCACAGGCGAAGUGGAUACCAACACACGGAUGGACAUGGUCGAUCGCUUUCAGGAUCCUAAGCAGGACUUGUAUAUUCUGCUCAUCAGCACGAUGGCCGGUGGCGUGGGUCUCAACCUGACUGCAGCCAACAAGGUCGUGAUCUUCGACCCCGCGUGGAAUCCUGCAAAUGACUUGCAAGCGAUGGACCGAGCAUUCCGAAUAGGUCAGAAGCGCACUGUAGAUGUUUAUCGCUUGAUUGGUCUUGGAACGCUGGAGGAGUUAAUGUACGAGAGACAAGUCCACAAGCAGCAACGCGCUCGGCAACUGAAUGAGGGCACCUUUGAAAGGCGCAUUCACCAAGGCUACGACGGCGCUCGUGGCAAGGCAGACCAAGGGGAACUCUUUGGCACCCAUAAUAUCUUCAAAUUUGAUCCUCGCGGGUUCAUGAAAGGGAACCUCGAGCGAGUCAUGUUGGCCGAAGAUCAGUUCGUACAAGAUAUGGUCGAGACCAGAUACGAGGAAGAGGAUGAACUUGAAGAAAGCGAACUUGAAGAUGAUGACGGAGGCUCACAGAUGAGAAAUGCUCGGCGUGCUCGUGAUCUACGCAAAGCGGCCCAGACGGCUCGAGAACGGCAGGAGAAGAAAGCGGUGUUGGCCAAUGUUUUGGGCGAGGAGUCGCAUGAUCCCCGGGUGGAGGAGGAUAGCAUGCUGAAGAGGCUUGGCGUCCAUUCGCAUGUCCAUAACGAAGCUUUUAAAGAUUCCCCUCAAGAAAGGCGCAUCUUCGAAAUUGGAUUGCAGCUGCUUCAAACGAAUCCGGAACUGGCAAAGAAGACGAAGGCCAACGAAUUGGGGAAAAUCAGCAAGUCCGCGUUUCGGGCUCCAGGCAUAGCGAGAUCUACCUCAACGAAAAGGCAGGACGCCGAUGAAGAGCCGUGGAGCGGGAGAUUUGAGACAGUAAAGCGCCGCAAAGGCAAAUCCAAACCAACGCUUGCCGAGCUCAGUGAUUAGAUCUGUACUGUGACGAAGACUGCACAUGAUUAUUGUAUCAUCACGACGACCAUG